AUGAUUAAUGCUUUAUAUUACGGGUUUUGCGAGGUUUAGAGCAAUAAAAUAUGGUAGAUUUUCAAGUUGAAGAUUUCAGGCGCUUUCAAUUAACACCACAAGUCGGUCAUUGGAAGAAAAAGUCAUCGAAACUUUGGAAAAUGCUCAAAUCUCAGGAAAAAUUCCACGAACACUACCGAAAGAUAGUGAAAUAUCAAUAGAAGUGUCUAAAUAUGGAUUGAAAAUUUUAUCGAAACUACGGAUACCUUUAUUGAACCUCAUUCUUGUCACAAUAUUCGAUGAUGGCUUUGGAAAGUGAGUUGAUUUUUUACACAAAAUAAAAAAGAUCAAAUCUUGAUUUUUGUAGAGUGAAUGGUGUAAUUGUGGAAAACUGCGAUGGAACAUAUAAAAUGCAUCUGAUUCAAUUUCUCACCGAAAUCUCAGCUCACAAACUUUGCAAACUUGUCAACGAAACAUUUCAAGAGGCCGAAGAAGCUAGACAUCUUUUAGAAACUACAGAACCCCCAAGUCCUUCAAUAAAUAUUUGA